CAUGCCUCAUGAUAUCAGCUCAGCGCAGCGAUCACCAGCUCGCCUACCCCUACCCAGCAAGGGUGGUCUGUAUCCCAUCAUCAAACGCAACAAAGAUGUCGUCAGAGCCAAGAGCGAGAUCUUUCAGUGCCUGAAGGAGGAGUGCCUGCGGAAGGGUGUCCUGUUUGAAGACCCGGAUUUCCCUGCAGAUGACACCUCCCUAUUCUACAGCCAGUUUUUGCCCUUCAGGCUGGAGUGGAAAAGACCUCCGGAAAUCUGUGAGAAUCCAAAGUUCAUCAUUGGUGGAGCCUCAAGGACUGACAUCUGUCAAGGAGAUUUAGGUGACUGCUGGUUCCUGGCUGCCAUCGCUUGUCUAACCCUAAAUGAGAAGCUGCUGUACCGGGUCAUCCCCAGGGAUCAAUACUUUACAGAGAACUAUGCUGGGAUCUUCCAUUUCCAGUUCUGGCGUUUCGGUGACUGGGUGGAUGUUGUCAUUGAUGAUCGAAUCCCCACAUUCAACAACCAGCUGGUGUUCACCAAGUCAGCCGAGCGCAAUGAGUUCUGGAGUGCCCUGCUGGAGAAGGCUUAUGCCAAGCUACAUGGAUCCUACGAGGCUCUGAAAGGUGGUAACACGACCGAAGCCAUGGAGGAUUUCACCGGCGGAGUCACUGAAUUCUUUGAGAUGAGGGGAGCCCCCAAAGAUAUGUUCAAGAUAAUGAAAAAGGCGACAGAGAGAGGCUCUCUCAUGGCGUGCUCCAUUGAUUCCUUCGUACCCCUGCAGUUCGAGACACGGAUGCCCAGCGGCCUGAUCAAAGGUCACGCCUACUCAGUAACCGGUGUGGAUGAGGUCACUUACAGAAACCAGAAAGUGAAGUUGGUGCGUUUGAGGAACCCAUGGGGAUCGGUUGAGUGGAAUGGGCCCUGGAGUGAUAAGGCCCGGGAGUGGUCUGAUAUCGAGAAAUCGCAAAAGCAACGGCUGCACCAUCAAAUGAAAGAUGACGGAGAGUUUUGGAUGUCUUUUGACGAUUUCAAGAAGAACUUCACAAAGCUGGAGAUUUGUAACCUGACGCCAGAUGCACUAGAUGAUGACAAGCUCCACAAGUGGACUGUGUCCAUCAAUGAAGGGCGGUGGGUAAAGGGCUGUUCUGCUGGAGGCUGCCGGAACUACCCAGACACAUUCUGGACAAACCCGCAGUACCGGCUGAAACUCUUUGAGGAGGAUGAUGAUCCCGACGACAAAGAGGUCCUCUGUACAUUUCUCGUUGCUCUGAUGCAAAAGAACCGCCGUAAGGAGCGCAAGAUUGGCGUCAAUUUUCAUACCAUUGGCUUUGCUAUUUAUCAGGUGCCAAAGGAGAUGCAAAGCAAUAAGCAGCACCUUCCCAAAGAUUUCUUCCUCUACCAGGCCUCCAAGUGCAGGUCGAAGUCAUACAUUAACCUGCGGGAGAUAUCACAACGCUUCAGGCUUCCCCCGGGCGAAUAUGUGAUCAUUCCUUCCACUUAUGAGCCGCACCAAGAGGGCGAGUUUGUCCUCAGGGUCUUCUCGGAGAAACAGAACAUGUCAGAGGAAACUGAGAACCAGAUCAUAGCUGACAACCCUAAGCAAAGGCUCCAUUUCCCAGAACCAAGAACUCUCUCAAGUAGAGAUGAGCCUUCACCAAUGACAACCAAGGAGGAGAGUGAGGAGGAUCUACAGUUCCACCAUAUUUUCAGACAGAUUGCCGGAGAAGACAUGCAGAUCUCUGCAGCUGAACUGAAGAGCAUCCUCAACCGUGUUGUUAAAAAACACAAUAUGAAAACUGAAGGGUUUGCUCUGGAGUCUUGUCGCAGUAUGGUUGCCCUCAUGGACACAGAUGGAUCUGGGAAACUUAAUCUGAAUGAGUUUAAGCAUCUAUGGAACAAGAUUAAACAAUGGCAGGCAAUUUUUCAGGAAUAUGACAAGGAUAAUUCUGGAGUGAUUGACAGCUAUGAAAUGCGGAGUGCUGUGAAUGAUGCAGGCUUCCGACUUAACAGCCAGUUGUACGAGCUCAUCUCCAUGCGCUACGCUGAUGUAAAUAUGAAUCUGGACUUCGACAGCUUCAUCUGCUGCAUUCUGAGACUGGAGGGGAUGUUCAGAGCCUUCAAGGCAUUUGACAAAGAUGGAGAUGGAAUCAUUAAACUGAACGUCUUGGAGUGGCUGCAGCUCACCAUAUAUGCUUAAGGCUCUCAGGAUUCAUGGGCCUGGCUAUUACCUCAACUCAACAUGCAAACCUCAACAGCCAAAGCCAAGUACAUCAAGCCAAACUCUUCUUCUCAUGGUGGCGUUCAAGACGAUCAGGCGAAAAACUGUUGGCAGCAUGAAACUGUCAGAUGAGCACUUAUUACUCUUUGUGUGCGUGUGUGUGUGUGUGAACCUUUGGGAUUGGGAGUGGCAGAACCUGACAUUGUAACUGCUGGGGAGUGUCAUGGCAAGAAGGGAUUUCCUUGGCUUUGGUAAGCUGACAGCAGAGCGGUGCAAAACAUGAUGCUGGAGGUACUCAGCAGGCCAGGCAGCAU